AUGUCAGCAAUUAUUCUACCUGAGAUUCUUAUAGCUCCAGCUGAACUGUUUCUAAUUGGAAUUCUUAGAUGGAUUUCUUUUAGCAGAAUGUUGUUAUUGGAUAUUUUCAGUUCGAAUCUCUUUCAGCAGUAUUAUAUUUCAGUUGGGUUUCUGGCAGCAGGCAGCAGGUUGCGAGUUACUUCAGCUAGAUUUUUACUGUCCAUGCCAAUUUUCACAGCACUGUUCACGAAAGAUCUCUCUAGGGUUCAUUCAUUGUCCUAUGAUUUUCUGAUAUCAAAGAGCUGUGAAACUAAACUCAUAGGGAUUCCUGGCCGACAUCGCAGUUCGGUACCUCCAUCACUUAGCCGGAUUCCGCAUGCGUCAGAAAUUACUCACUGUAUGACAAAUUCGGGUAUUGUUAGAGAGAUUUUUUAUUAUGUAGAGUAUGCUGAGGAAGUCCCAUAUGCUCAGCCGGUGCCAUAUUUUACGGUAGUGAGAAAUAAAAGGGGGAUACGAAAUUUCAUUGAAAUGGGUGAAACAUUCAAACAUAUACCAGCUUGGUUGCCGGCAUUUCGUGAUCCUCACACAUAUAUACACUCAGCUGUGUGGAAUGAGAGGGUUACAGAUCCUCGGGAUGAUAAAAUCCAGCUAGCAAGGCAGCGGAGGAAGGCGGAGAGGUCUUUGUUAAGUUUGCAGCAGCGGGAUCAGAAUUUGAUAGAAAUAAGUAUCCAUUCCCUGUCCCAGCCUGAGAGGAAGAUGUUUCACCAGUUUUUUCGCCCACCUAAUUAUAGGAUCAAGUCAACACAGGUUCCUCUGAUGGAGACAUUUGCGCCUGCCAUUGAAGCAUUGGAAGGUGGAUACUGCAAAUCUGGAGAUGGUGGCGACAUAAGUCUUCCAGACAAGAGGCCUGCUGUUUAG